AAAAAAAAAAAAAAAAAAAAACACUCAAAUUGCAUCAUAAGACAACGACAAGAGAAAGGGCAAAAUCAUGUUUGCUCGAAGAAUUGUCGCUGCUGUUGCUGCUGCAUCUCCUCGAUCAAAAAGGAUCUUCAGCACAUCUUCAUCUUAUUCUGUUACCCAUGACUAUCAAACUUCAAUCCAAGAACUCAAUAAGGAAAUGGAAUCUGUAUUUGGGGACUUUCCGCCAGAUGGACUACCUAGCUCUGUAAGCAAUAGUCCUGCGAAUGAUGAACCUCAUUUGUCAUCUCGAAACAUAGGUGAAAGCUCUUUUGAAUUGACUCAUACUGGAAAUUCAGGGGAAGCUCAAAUGGUAGAUGUGUCUCCGAAAGAAAGUAGCAAGAGAACUGCCACUGCUGUUUGCAAAGUAAAACUUGGAAAGAAGGUGUUUGAUUUGGUAUUAGCCAAUCAAAUGGAAAAGGGAGACGUACUUACGGUGGCGAAAAUUGCUGGCAUAAUGGCAGCAAAGCAAACUAGUAACCUGAUUCCAUUGUGCCAUAACAUAGGCCUUACACACGUUCAAGUGGAUUUGAGAUUGAAUCAUGAGGACUUCAGUGUAACAAUAGAAGGGGAAGCUGCUUCAAUGGGAAAAACCGGGGUUGAGAUGGAAGCAAUGACAGCAGUGUCUAUUGCUGGUUUAACAGUGUAUGAUAUGUGCAAAGCUGCUUCAAAAGGUAUAUCAAUUACAGAUAUUAGACUUAAGCAUAAAUCUGGUGGAAAAAGUGGGGAUUACUCCUGGGGACAAUAAUGGUUUUGAAUCAUUACUUCAAAUUUCUUAGAACAAACUGAGAAUCCUAUUCCUCCUCAUAUAGUCUUUAAACAUGGGUGCAUCAAUAUUUGGGCUAGCUUUGAUGAAGCAUAUUUUGAUAGCUGACAUUUUACUUGUCCUACAAUACUUUGUUAAAUUAAUUUUAGGUAAAUUAUGGUUGCAUUUUGAUUGUCUCA